CGUCUUUUUACUUCACGUGCCAGAUAUAGAGUGCAAUACGUGCAUGCUUUGAGUAAUUGUUUUGAUAAUCGACUGAUAUAGACAUAUCAAAAGUCACAUCCGGUUAUUUCUAAUAGAAGCUGUUGCAUUAGGUGGCGUACGUUUGUGUUUUCAACGACAUUCUACCAUACAUAAAAAAUAUCUUGUCCUAAAUACAACAAUGACAACGUGACGAACGUUUUAUGUAUUUUCAAUGAUCGACGUGUCCGGAACGUUUACGUGUUUGCAUAUUUUCGGUACACUAGAUUCACUAGGGCAUACGUCUCUACAACGUGAAUCAAUGAGAGAAAUUCUUUCCUACAAAUAGAAACUCACCCGGUAUUUCUGGAUUUUCGAUGAUCUUCGCGCUAGACAUUUUGCAGCGUAAAUACCGCGAUAUUUCUCUAUUAUUGUCAGAGAAAACUUGACGGCGCGCGAUAAUUACGGCGCGAUAAGGAGCCUUGUUUUCGUUCGCUUUGCACUCGCGAAUUAGUUUCCUGUCUGUAGUAUUACAUUUCGCACGAUUCGCUGAAACAUGGUAUCAUUACGAUUCAUGUAUUAUGUUUGACUGUCAAUUAUUCGGUGAAAUACAAAAGUUUGUGAGGUUAAUAGACGAGUUUGACAAGCGACCCGACGACAUUACGCGAUAUUGAACUGUGAUGCAAGAUGGCUGCUAACACUACGUUCGUCGAUCGUGGACUAUCCAAAAUUAUUAGAAUUACCACAGAAAAUAGAAUUUUUCAUGGCCAACUUGUCGAAAAUCGCUUAAUUCGGGAGGAUGGAGGAAAAGGCUGAGCUUUUAACAUGCAUCGAGGAGAAAAUAGAGAGUGGCAAAGCCACGAUAGACAGGCUGAAACUUGUGGGAAAGAUUGACGGGAUUGAAAAACUUAUACGAAAAAUUCAACAAGAAAUUAAAUUUUUAGAAAAGGUACAAUCUACAGGGAAUGUAAAGAAAGAACAUCUACAGAGUACAAAUUUGAUUCAUUUGAACGCAAUUGUAGCACGACUCUUCUGUGCUAAUGAACCUACCAAUGUUAUGAAACCCUUUAAGUAUCAGAAGUCACGCUUAGAAGUAGAUAUUAUAUGCGAUGGUGGUGCGUCAUGGAUAAAAGUUAUUGCUAGAAAUGCUAGAGCUCUCACUAUGAUUUCAAUGGGUAAUGGAGAAUACGGGCAAAAAUCUGUGCUUGACCAGGCAACGAGUUACUUGCGAUGCGCAAACUGCUAUCCACAUUUAUAUAGGCCACCUGAUAUCGUAUUCCACUUUGCUUAUGGUAUAGAAAUUCCAUUAGCUACACGUUUGGAACGCAUGGGAAUAGUCGUUGAAGGGGAUAAAAUGCAGUGUGAAGAUGUAAAAAAUAUAGAUGUACACGAUAACGAGGACAGAUUUUCCACAUGGAUGUAUUCGUUAGAACCUACCGAAGAGCCUUUGGAUGAAUAUAAAAAGAACAUAGAUUCAGAUUUAGAUACGUUAAAUACAUCUUUCCUUAAAACCGAAAUAAAUAUUCUCAACUUGGAUGUGUCAACUUUAUUAGCGUACGUGACAAACAUGACCAAUGGAUACGAUCGUUUUAUUUACCGGGAACCUUUACUCACGCAACAAGCAGAAAUGGAGAGAAAACGUCCAGUGAAACCUAUUUUAGAGGAUUUGUUUAAAGGAAAGAAACUAAUUGUCUGUCAAACUGCUUAUGAAAAUUUUAUGAACAUUAUAGAUGUUAUCGGUGGACCCAAAGAGACUCUUAGGGCAAAAGAACUACUUAGUAAAGUUCAGAUUGUUGAGGAUAUACCAACAGGCAGAAUAAUGGAGAAGCUUAAUUUGGGUGGUAAAAUUAAAGAUAGAUCUAGAUUAGUUUUCGCAACGGGGGAAGAUAUGAAAAGCAUUACAGUAUCGGCCAAUGAGGGAUUUGUUAGAGCAGCACGUAUGCAGGGAAUUGAAUGUACAGUCUUUCUGCAUGAACCUAGAUCUCUCUCAGAGAUUAAAGAAGGUUAUGCAACAAAAAUAGAUCCGUCUUGAUACCAGGCAAAUGCAUUUUAGGUUAUUACAAAAGAAAUAUUCACGCUAUACAAGAAAUAUUUCUAUUGUUUACUAUCAAACGCUAUUACUAGAUCAGGCUUGAUAAUUAACGCGCAUGUCCAUACUUUCUUCAAAUUCUGUAAAAAAAAAAAAAAAAAAGGUUACAAGUAAACAGGUUAAUUUUAAAUAGAAAUGUUUCCAAUGUAAAAAAUAUGAAGUAUACCAUUAAUAAAUUCGUUGAAGUGUG